UAUGCAAGACUGAGGUUCCACGUUCUCUGCAAAAUAAGCUUAUUUUAUCCAUGUGAUUUUGACAUGAGUAAUUCUAAGAAGUGUGAUGAUGACGAUGUGUACCUGAAAAUUAAAAUACAAAGAGGCAAAAUGGGAUCGACUUGAAGGUGGCAUUCACUGCAGCUUUGCACACCUAAACACAAGUUUUUACUGACACGACAGUCGAAGUUGACACAUCCAUUAAGCGUGUACCUGAGCAAGAACCAGCCUUCUGUUGUUUGGAGGAAAAUCAGCUCUGGAGAAAUGGAAUUAAGGUCCAAGGAUGUUCAUUGAUUAUUAAAAGAAAACAAAUGGAGCUAAAAUUCUACUACCUUCCAACCUGCAUGAAGAAACACUGAUGAUGAAAAGCUUUUGUUAAAGAGAUCCAAGUACCAUAAUGGUAAAAGGAUUCCUACAUGAUCUUAAGGCAUACAGGAACUGCAAAUUCUCUCAUUUGCAAUUUAUAUAGUUUCCUGUAAAAAAAUUUAAGAAAUUCACUAUUUGUACUGUUAUUGUUAUAGUUCAGUCAAUUUUAAGUCUAAUUAAUUUGACUUCUAAAGAAUUUUCAUUUCCUAUACAAAACUGUACAUCUUUUUCCAUUCCACUGAAAAUGCUUCCUAUGAACUUAGUUGAAAACAACCAAAAACCUGAUUUUUUUGGCAUUACCACCAAACUGUGAGCACUAGUAUCUUUUCUGCAGAUAUUUUAACCAUGGAAACUUACUCUGCCUCAAUAUCACCUGUUAUAUGUAACAGCACUUUUAACCUAAAUGGAUCACAUUUGUGUAAUGAAAGCAUAUCUUCUAGAUUAGAUGAUAAAUCAGAACACCAACAAUAUGUCAUUGGUCUUUUCUUAUCAUGUCUUUACACAAUAUUUCUUUUUCCUAUUGGUUUUGUAGGAAACAUUCUGAUACUGGUUGUCAACAUAAGCUUUCGUGAAAAAAUGACUAUUCCAGACCUUUACUUCAUAAAUCUUGCAGUAGCGGAUCUCAUUUUAGUUGCUGAUUCUCUCAUUGAGGUUUUUAAUCUUGAUGAAAAGUAUUACGAUAUCACUAUUAUUUGUACCUUUAUGUCUUUGUUCCUUCAGAUCAACAUGUAUAGCAGCAUUUUCUUUCUGACAUGGAUGAGUUUUGACAGAUACAUAGCACUGGCAAAAGUAAUGAGGUCCAACAUAUUUCGCACUAUGCAACACGCUAGAUUAAGCUGUGGUCUCAUAUGGAUGGCGUCUAUUUCUGCAGCACUAGUUCCAUUUACAGCUGUGCAUUUACAACACACCGGAGAGGUCUAUUUUUGUUUUGCAGAUGUAAAAGAAAUCCAGUGGCUAGAAAUAACCUUGGGGUUUAUUAUCCCCUUUGUGAUCAUCGGUCUUUGUUACUCGUUAAUUGUUCGAGUUCUUAUAAAAGCACACAAGCAUAGGAGUCUUCGUCUGCGGCGACAAAAGGCCCUUCGAAUGAUUUUUGUUGUUGUCUUGGUUUUCUUUAUCUGCUGGCUACCUGAAAAUGUCUUCAUUAGUGUCCAACUUCUUCAAAAGAAAAGCGAGCCUGCCUCUUCAAGCAGCCCAUCCUUCAGACAUGAUUAUCCUUUAACAGGACAUAUUGUGAACCUAGCAGCUUUUUCUAAUAGCUGUUUGAACCCCUUAAUUUACAGUUUUCUAGGGGAAACCUUCAGAGACAAACUGCGACUAUAUAUUGAACAGAAAACAAAAAUGUCAACAUUACAUCGCUUUUGCCAGGCUGCCUUAACGUCUGUCAUUCCUGACAGUAAUGAGCAAUCAGAAGUCUGAUUUAGUAGCGGUUGUAUAAAACAUACGACUGUGAAGUUGUGCAAAUAUUGAACAAGAUGCUUACAACUAACAGAAAAAAAGUGCGUUUGUGUGUGUGUGUGUAUAUAUAUAUUGUAUUGCUCUACCGAGUACUGAAGGUUUAUAUUCAAAAUGUUUUUAUGACAAGACUUUAAUGUAGAAGAAUAUGUUUUAGUCAGAUUUAUAUUUAAUUAUGAACAGGAUUAUUAAAAGCUGAGCACUGAAGGAGCUUUAUGUUGUAUUAUACAUGUAUGAAUGACAAUACAGAAGAAAAUUUUAUCAAGUUAGGAAGACUCUAGAUGUAACCUGAUUAUCAGAGAUGCUACUUCACUGGUGUAUAUAAGGUACUUCUACUGAAAUAAUGAAGCUGCCAUAACAGUGGGGAAAAAUCAUUACAACAUAUUGAUGUGGAGAUGCAGAAAACAUUGAUUUUUUUCAUCCAAAUAUGUUAAGAUAAAUGACUUUGCUUAGAAGAACUACAUAGUAUUAUUGUCACUGUAUUCUAGCAUGUCUUCCAUUAUUAACUUUUUUUUAAUCUUAAUAUAAUCUAGCACAGUGGAGAGUUUUUGUCACACAGAUGUAAGCUACUGUUUACAUCAGUACUCGAUCAAAACUGAAAUAAUCUAACUAUAUAGCUCAUCUCAAAGAACUUCACAGAAGCAAACUGUAAAGCUUCAUUCUGUCUUUUAAGGAUUGCCCAUGACAAUCUUUCCCAGGGCAGACAUAAUUGGGCCUUUUGUCAAAAAUGCCAGUGCGUGUACCUAUGGACAUUCAUAUCUGCCCUUGGAUUUAAAUUGACGUUGCAUGAGAUCUCCUUACAUUUAGCAGGCCUAUUUUGAUGGCACAGAACAGAAUGCUGUGGCUUUAAAAAGAGUCAGGUUCUGCAAAAAAGUGUAAGAAUUGCUCAUGAAAAUGACAGAAGCCUUAGAUUUUAGAAAGGAAGAAUUUACAUAAUGGGGAGUGUGAUUAGCUGUCAUCAGAUUUGCCCUUUGUGCACUAUCUAUCCCACCUCCAGAACCACUGGCCUUUCAAGAUUUUAAGAUGCAUGUUGGUUGCUUUGUUCAUUUGAAGAUUAAGGAAACAAAUGUUAGCAUCACAUACUUCAAAACAAUAAUUUUUAAAUCCUGCUAGAAAAUAAUUGGGUUUUAAAUCCGAUUCAUAUUUAGCACAAGUUACUGCUGAACUCAGAGAAAGCUAUAAAGUUGCUAGAGAUUAGUGUGCAAGAUCAUUAAAAUUAAAACAUCACUUGCUGCACCUCUGAAGUGAACAAACUCAUUUCACCUCUGUGUUCAUUGACUUACGCACCAGAACUCCGCAGAAUAAGAUGCUUUGUCCUGUUUUCAAAUGUCAUAUGAAUUAAUUAGCACAUGAACGGAUUUUAAAGGAUUUUUAUAGUUAGACACUUAAAACAAUAACUAAAGUUACUAAGCAAUAAAGAAAACAGUGAAAACAAUGAUUCCACUCAUAUUUCUCACGAAACACUUAGUUUCCUAGUGGAAGCUUUGGCCACAGAAGACUUGACCUAUAAACAGAAAGGCCACAAGACAGUGGCUGAAUUUGAGAUAGCUAGCUAGCUAU